UUUCACCCGGGUCCAUAGCGGUGAACCCGCAGACGAGGCUGCAGCGAGUCCCCGCUGCAAAUGUCUCUGUGGGUGACACUGAGGAGAGUAGGGCCGAGCAUCCCCUUCUGCUGCUCGGGGAAGCCGCUCGGCCGGGGCCCAGGAGAUGCCCUUCUCCAGCGGGGCGCUACCAGGAUGCUCCAAGCAGGAGGUGACGUCCCAGUGGGGGGGACACGAGGAGAAGGGCUGAGACACAGAGGAGCUCUCCUGCGUGAAGCAUGUUCGGGGGGAGACAGGGGGCUGCAGGUUGACCUUCCCAUCCCCUAACUCCCUCCCUGCCCAUCCCUAGUCCAUGGGUGCCCCCCUCCCCGCCCUCCCCUCCUCCCUUAACUCCAGCGCCGAGGAAGCCGAGCCGGAGGCAGUGCUGAGCCGGAUAUGCAGCGACUCCCCGCAUCCCUCCUUGGCAGAGCGCGGUGACGCCGCGGCAGCCACCACGGAGAGGACACAGGACCCCCCCUUGGGCCCGCCAUGCCCCUUUGAGGGGGUGGCCUGGACCCCGAGACCCCCGCAAGGCCCCCCGCAGGGCUGCUUCGCCUGCAUCGCCAAGCCCCCAGCUCUCCGGCAAGCUUCGCCCGUCCUGUCUCCUUCUUCUGCCGUUUAUCUCAUGGAGAGCAAGAGCUGCAAAGGGGACAGCCUGCGGCCGGCGGUCCCGUGCAAGCACUCGGUGGAGAAGAAGACGAUGACCAACCCCACCACUGUCAUCGAAAUCUACCCUGACACCACCGAGGUGAACGAUUACUAUCUCUGGUCCAUCUUCAACUUUGUAUACCUCAACUUCUGCUGCCUCGGCUUCAUCGCCUUGGCCUAUUCAUUGAAAGUCCGGGAUAAGAAACUCCUCAAUGACUUAAAUGGAGCAGUUGAAGAUGCCAAGACAGCCCGGCUUUUUAACAUCACCAGCUCAGCCCUUGCCACCUUCUGUAUCAUCCUUAUCUUCAUCUUCCUGCGAUACCCUCUCACUGACUACUGAGUGAGGCCAACAGCAGCUGCUGCCGCCAAAAUGCCUCUAUGCCAGAAGUGUCUGCAGUUUCUUGUAGCAAGGGCACACAAAACAAGCCAACCACUACACCUUGAUUGCCAAAAAAAAAAAAAAAGUAAAUUAAAUACAUAAAUAAAUGUUAAAUUAGUUUAUCAGCCCAGCUGAGCAUACCUUUCUUGCCCUGAAAUGGUAUGUGAACAGCUGAAGGGAAGGGUCUCACUCUUACACAAUGUACAGGAAGAAAAAAUAGACCAAGAAAUAUUUGUUUUAUGGCCAACAAGCUGUGUGAAAAGCGUGUGCAAAGCCCAGAGCUACGCACACUUAGUGGCAGACAGCUGAGCUCUAGGAAGCAGUGGGUUCCUGUGGAGCUGGAGACACAUCCAGUGAUGGAUGGGGAUCAUGGCAGGCUGGCUUACAACAUAUCAGGUGUGUUCAGACCACCCCACCACCCCCAGCUUGUGGGGGUUUCUUUUCCUUUUUUUUUCUCUUGAAUUUCAUCCACUGGUUCAAACAACUCCCAACCCCUGGAGAGCUGAAAGUUUUAGGAAGUUUAUGCUGGGGAGCCCCAAAGCCUCCAGAGAAACCCCAAAGUGUUAAAGGGCAGGUUUCUCCUUGGGAUCUCCCAGCAGUGCUGAGAAGGAGAACUCACCUAAGCCACCUAAUUGGAGUGCUACUGUAUUUCUGUAAACAGUCAAUAAAAAGAUACCUCUGAUAUGUGA